AAUGACAUAAACGGCAAACGGAAGUUACGCAAAUUGUGUUUUGUUGACAUUUGUUUGUGAAAGGCAGGAAAAAAACAGCAGAAACGCGUAUAGGGUCGCUUAUAUUUGUUGGGACUCAGCUGGCAGAGGCUGGCGAGCAAGAAACAGGCAAUAAAACCCGCCUGCUUUUUUUUUUUAUUGCUCACGCAAAUACUGGUCUUAAGAAAGCCUGAAAGAAGAUCAGGAUCAGCAUCGGGAUAGAGCAGGUCGGGGAACAAAAACAAACCGUGUCACCCUGACUACACACGGGCUGAUUGGUUUACAAGCUAACCGGCUCCCACACGCUUUGUUUUACCUGCUGGGACCUUUUGUAAACGUUACUAACCCUCUGUAGGAAACCGAUAGAGGCGAGACGCAUUGAAUUUCCAACGCGAACGCAGUGUCUUGCAUGGAAUCAUGGUGAUAUAGGGUUAUACAAGCGCUGUCGGUCAGGCUAGCUAGUUAGCAUUCUAAUGUUAGCUUUGUUUUUUUUAUCCCUGUUUGAACUGCUUGAGCUGCUUAUUAGCCACAGUAUGUAGCCGAGGUCGCCAGUCUCUGCUCGUUUCGUUUAGUGUUUGCUAAAAACAGCGUGGGGGGUGACUGGAGAAUGAGGCACAAUGGCUAACUUUGAAGCCUACCAGGAGUAUCAGAGGAUAGAGGACUACGAGGAAGACUCUCCGCCAGGCGAAGAAGACUUACUGGUGCACGUCCCCGAAAGUCUGAAAGACUCAUGGCACCAUAUCAAGAACUUGGAUAACUUCUUUACAAGAAUCUAUCACUAUCAUCAAAAAAAUGGCUUCGCCUGUAUGAUGUUGUCAGAAUGUUUUGAACUCGUUCAGUUUCUGUUCGUUGUCACAUUUACCACGUUCCUUGUCAACUGCGUGGAGUACGAUGUCCUUUUUGCCAACCGAGCUGUGAACCACACCGGGCAAGGCCAGAACCCGAUGGAAAGGAACAAAGUAACACUUCCGGAUGCCAUUUUGCCAAGCCAGCAGUGCACACAGAGGAUACAAGAAAACAGCUGGAUCAUAUUCCUUCUUAUCAUGGCUGCUACCUUCUGGAUCUACCGUCUUGUUAAAGUCUUCUGCAACGUUUUGAGCUACUGGGAGAUCAGGCAGUUCUACAUUAAAGCACUAAAGAUUAAAAUGGAUGAACUAUGCAACUUUACGUGGCAGGAAGUGCAGGAUCGGCUCAUCAGCCUGCAGAGGGAGCAGCAGAUGUGCAUUCACAAGAAAGAGCUGACAGAACUUGACAUCUAUCACCGCAUCCUGCGUUUUAAGAACUACAUGGUGGCCAUGAUAAACAAAUCGCUGCUGCCAGUGCAUCUGCAGCUCCCCCUGCUGGGGAAUGUGGUGUUCUUAACCCAAGGCCUCAAGUACAACUUUGAGCUCAUCCUUUUCUGGGGGCCCGGCUCUCUGUUUCAGAACAAAUGGAACCUGCAUCCCAAGUACAAGCGCAGCGGAAAUCGCCUUGAGCUGGCCCAGAAACUGAGCAGAGUGAUCCUGCUGAUAGGCUUGGCCAAUCUGCUGCUGUGUCCUUUCAUCUUGGUGUGGCAGGUGCUUUACGCCUUCUUCAGUUAUACUGAGGUGAUCCGCAGGGAGCCUGGGAGUCUGGGCGCGCGCCGCUGGUCCCUGUUCGGCCGUUUAUACCUGCGCCACUUCAACGAGCUGAACCACGAGCUGCAUGGACGAUUGGGCCGUGGCUACAAGCCCACUUCGAAAUACAUGAACUCCUUCACAUCACCGCUGCUGACUGUGCUCGCUAAGAACGUUGCUUUUUUCUCAGGGUCGGUGCUGGCUGUACUCAUUGCACUGACUGUCUAUGAUGAGGAUGUCCUUACGGUGCAGCACAUUCUGACCGCUAUCACUGUGCUGGGUAUAGUUAUCACUAUUACCAGGUCUUUCAUCCCGGACGAACACAUGGUUUGGUGUCCGGAGCAGCUUCUGCAGUGCGUGCUGGCCCAUAUCCACUACAUGCCGGAUCACUGGAGGGGCAAUGCAAACAAGAGCGAGACCCGUGACGAGGUGGCACAGCUGUUCCAAUACAAAGCGGUGUUCAUUUUGGAGGAGCUGCUGAGCCCUAUAGUUACUCCCUUCAUUCUCAUAUUCCUCCUGAGAAACAAAUCCCUAGAAAUCAUUGACUUCUUCAGGAACUUCACCGUGGAAGUGGUUGGAGUUGGAGAUAUCUGCUCCUUUGCUCAGAUGGACAUACGGCGGCAUGGAAACCCGACAUGGAUGUCAGAGGGCCAGACUGAGGCAUCUAUAUAUCAACAGGCUGAGAAUGGCAAGACAGAGUUGUCCCUCAUGCAUUUCACCAUAAAGAACCCCCGUUGGCAGCCGCCUCAGGAGAGCUCAUUGUUCAUCAGCCACUUAAAGGAGAAGGUGCAGCAUGAUGCACAGGGUGGGCCUUCCACCCAGCUGCUGCUCUCAGAGGCCCCCCUGUGUACCUCGCUGCACUCCAAUGAGUCUGGCACCGGGCCUGAAAAUCUUUUAGCCAGUGUCCUGGCCCACCCCAUCCUCACUGCAUCUGGACUACAAGGGCGGGACCAUCGCUUCGUCCCGCCAAGCUCUGCUGCUUCUGCCGCUGCCAGCGUCCUGGCCUCUCUGUCCACCUCCCAUCAUGCACAUCCAAGUCGAAGCCGCCCUCCCGGCCUUCUGCCCUCCUCCGUCUACCCUGAGACCACCUUGCACCGUAACGAUCGCGCCGUCGUCAACAGCAUGUCUCACAGUGACUCUCGCAUCCGGAGCAACGCGCUGCACUCAGAGUUUGCCUCAGCAGAGAUGAGCCUCCAUGCCAUCUACAUGCAUGAGCUCCAUCAGCAGAGCUCCCACCCUCAGAGGCUGUCUGGGCAGUGGCAGAGUUCGGUGCCAAUGCGAGAGUUUCACACAAGCACAGGUUCCAGUGCUCACGCUUCUCAUAGUACAAACAUUUCAAUGCCAGCCCCCGUCCACCUUGGUGGCUGGAAAGAGGAGGAAGAAGAGGACGAAGAGGAUCAGGAGAUCAAUAGUGGAUCUACUCCAAAAAAGGCCUCGCCACACAGUUCAUGAAGUGCCUUUGUCAGAAGUGUUUACAUUUUUCUUUCUUCGCUGAACAUUGUGGCCUUAUAUGAUCUUCAUGGAGAGUUUAGUGCGGACCUUUAAAAGAUUAUUCAGCGUGUACUGUGGGCAGGGUCCGCCGAUGAACAACCACUGUUUUUGCACCUCUGCACCUCAUCAUGUCAUAUCAGGGAGUCUGUGGCAUCAGGGAUUCCAUACGUCUUCCAUCCUUCUUAUCAUGGUUUCAUCGUCGAAUUGUGCAAAGCUCGUUGGAAAGUGUAUAGUUUGCGUGACAGUGGGUGUAAGCAAUUUUAUGACGUUACAACAACAACAACAAAAAAAAGCUUAUCCCAACUUCUGCUUUUAUUCUGCGUGCACAUUUUCUCAAAUACGCGUGGAUCACUCAGAUUUUCAGAUGACCAUCCAUCUUACAACUUGACCGGCAGAAAAGUAAAACAGCGUAAAAUGCUUGCUUUGACCCCUUGUGGCAUAAAUUCAUCUUAUUUGUACUUUAAAGUUUUUUUUGUUUUUUGUUUUUUAAAUACCAGAUCUAAUCAUUAGAAAAACUAACAAGUUUUUCUUUGAUGAAAGCUGACUAUAAUACCCUUUAAUCAUAGAAUAUAAGACAUUUUAAGACUUCAUCUACACACCCUGCUGUCCAUAUUUAUGGGGCCUAAAUACACAUUUUUCUCAGUAUUACUAGUUCAGGUGUUCUUAGAAGACUUGUGUUUUUUCUAACGUAAGAAGCAUAGAGUAUUCUCACCAUUCCCAAAUCCCAAUGCAGACUGAAUCCUGUUAGGUCCAUUUAGGCUGAAGAGUAGUCAGCUUUUUGGCUUAUUUAUUUGUUAAAACAAGUAUUUUAAUACCAGUUCUCUGUAUUACCUCAGUGGCAGUUAAGCUGAAUCUAUGCCGCCGUCAAUAAUACCUCUGCAGUGUAAACAGUUUUGCAGUGCACAAAUACAUCUUUUAACUGCAGUUAGGUUUUAAUUAUACAUAUUUAAAGUGUAAGAAUUUAAUUUUCCUUUAAUAUUUACAAAGCAGAUAAGAUGAGCUGUAAUUGUCUUUGUUACAAUUGGGCCGUUUUGCUUUUGUAAAUCUUUGUUGGGUAAACAUUUUUAAACCCAUAUUAGCCUUUCCAAAAUUGAUGCAUAAUUCUGGAAAGUCAACAGAGGGGCUGAUUUUAUUAAACUUUACUUUUUUUUUUUCUUAAAAUUCAAAUUUUUCAGUUCCUCACACUUUUGUUGUCAAGUCCGAGUAAAAAAAAAAGUCUCUUCUGGCGACGUCCGUUAUUAGCUUUAAAAAUAUUUAUUACUUUUUUUGUUUCCCCAAAUAUCUAAUGAAGCAUACAUGCAUUAUUUAUUUAAAAAAAUAUAUUUUAGACAUAAUUUUAACAAUAUAAAAAAACCUCCAUCCCCACAAGGCAACAGAUCAUGCGUUCGGAUUUUAUCAGUCCCAUAAAACGACACGCCCACCUGCAUGACGUGAAAGGCAAUGAUGAUUUUUGUAUAAAACCUCAGCAUGCGAUAUAUCGUCAGUCCGCCAGAACAAGGAGAAUGCCACGCCUCAGUCAGAUGAGCUCACUCGUAAUAUGCACCUGCAUGUGUUUUGCAUUCGAAGUGAAGUUGCCGAGUCGUGUUUUUCCACACGUUGUAAUUUUUAUGUCGAGGACACACUGGAGCCGAGCUGCGUGAGAGUUGUUACAGUCCCCAUUUAUCGUUAGCCAUUUCUAUCAGAAGCAGUGCCUUAGUGUUACGGAUUAGUAUUUGCUCUUUUAGAAAGCCAUCCCAUCGAAACCGCGAAAUCUACUUUUUAUAGACUUAGCAGCACAUACGGUGUACAGUACGUAAAGCAGCUCAUAUGUGGACGUAGCAUCGGGUAAGUUGUGGAUGUUGCUCGUACAAUAAGCCCUUGUGUCGGUCAGUCUUUUCUACCUGGCAGCACGCUGCUUUUUGUCGUGGUGUUUGGGUUUAGAUAACCUACAGAGGAAUUUGUCUUUUGUUUGACCUUUUUUUUCUUUUUUCUAAUGGGCAAACCUCAUACCAUCCCUUCUUAUCCACUACACACCAGUCCAAGUAUUGCAGAGACUGGAACAAGGUGCUAAGUUGUCAUCCAGAGAUGGUGAAUAUUAUGUUUUCAAUUUUUAUCUUUUUUUUUUGUCUCUUACAAAGUUUGGCUUUGUUCUGUAAAUUAGGCGUCAUCUGACAAAGGAAACAUGCCAAAAGAACUUGUUUUCUGCACAGCUUUACUAUACAUGUUGUUCCCCCCGCGUGUGAGUAGAGACUAAUAAAUCCUAUUUUGAGUGUAUUUAAUCAUUUGAUCUGUGUGUGAUGUUGAAAUGUGUUCUUGAAAUAAACAAAAGCUCUGAAUUCU